AUGUAUGGCGUGUUUGCCACGAAUUGUGCCUGUGGCAAGAAAAUAUUUGAUGAUGCUACGAGAAGACCCGUAAAUUACCGAGUAAAAAGUGUUUUUAUUACAAUAAGUUUAAUUCGUAGAGAUGUUGUGACGAUUAAAAAGUGUUCGGUGAUUAGAACUAUUUUGACACACCUUAGUUAA